AGAAAAGCAACAUUAAAAAAAAAAAUAUAUAUAAGUUCGUUAUUUUUUAAAAAACUAACAUCAUUUUGUUGUUUACAUUAAUAUAAAUAAAUAAAUAAUAAUAAUAAAUAAUCAAGUUUGAUAAUUGGUUAAUGAAAUUAAUCAUUAAUAAUGUUGAAAAACAGUGAUAAUAACUUACCACUUAAACAAGUACCAGUGUCAAAUGAUGAAAAAACAAUCAACAAUCAUAAACAAUUGAGAACAUUAAAAACAUUAACAAUAUCAAAAGAUAAAGAAAAUCUUGAAGCUUUAAAAUUAUCAGAAUGUAUAGCUGCUCAAACAAUUGCAAUAAAUGAUGUUAAAAUAACAGAAAAAGAAAAAGAUAAAACAAUAAAUAAAGUGCCUAUAAAAAAUGGAGAAAAUGAUAAGAAGAAUGAUGUUAAAAUUGAUGAUAAUGAUGUUAAAAAAACUACCAAUAAAUUAACAAUUAAAAUUGAUAAACCAAAAGAAGUUGUUGAUAAAAAAAUAGAUAAUACAUCAAGUGGAUCAAAUGUAGUGUCAUCAUCUUCAUCAAAUUCAAAGACAGAAUCAACAUCUUCAGCAGCAGCAGCAGCAUCAUCUUCAACUUCAUCAGCAUCAUCAUCAAAUGCUCCAAAAAAAUGGGUACUAACAGAUUUCGAAAUUGGUAAACCACUUGGUAAAGGUAAAUUUGGUAAUGUUUAUUUAGCAAGAGAACGUAAAUCGAAAUAUAUUGUUGCAAUGAAAGUACUAUUUAAAAAUCAAAUUGAAGAAGGUAAUGUUGAGCAUCAAGUACGAAGAGAAAUUGAAAUACAAACUCAUUUGAGACAUCCAAAUAUUCUUCGUAUGUAUGGAUAUUUCCAUGACACUAAGCGAGUUUAUUUAAUUCUUGAAUUUGCACCAAAUGGAGAAUUGUAUAAGGCACUUAAAGAUGCACCAGAUGGUCGUUUUGAUGAAGCAAAAACAGCAAAGUAUAUUUAUCAAUUAGCUGAUGCAUUGAAAUAUUGUCACAGUAAAAAAGUUAUACAUCGUGAUAUUAAACCAGAAAAUUUACUACUUGGAAGAGAUGGUGAAUUAAAAAUUGCUGAUUUUGGAUGGUCAGUACAUGCACCAUCAUCAAGACGUGAUACAUUAUGUGGUACACUUGAUUAUUUACCACCAGAAAUGGUUUUUGGUAAUUCACAUGAUCAUUCUGUUGAUUUAUGGGGUGUUGGUGUUUUAUGCUAUGAAUGUCUAACUGGUAAUCCACCAUUUGUAACUAAAAGCUAUGAUGAAACAUAUAAAAAAAUUAUGAAAGCACAAUAUACAUUUCCAUCUUAUGUUAGUGAUGGUGCUCGUGAUUUAAUUUCAAAAUUAUUGAUUGUUAAAUCAGAAAAUCGUCUUUCUCUUGAUGGAAUUUUAACACAUCCAUGGAUCAUUGAACAUCAAAAAACUAAAAAAUCAUCAUAAUUUUAUAAUGAAAUAUGUAAAAUUUAUUUUUUAAAAUGAAUCUGGACUUUGAUCCAUUUAAAUUUAACUUUUUUUUAAAAUACAUUUUUUUAUCAUGCAAAAAAUGGAUUUUUUAUUUAAAUGAAAAAAAAAUUUGAGACAUUUUAUGUAGUCAUUACUUUAAUUUAAUUAUCAGGAAUGAUGGGAAUAAAAAUAUUUUUUGUUUAAAUUAACAAGAAAGAUAAUUAACAAA